AUGGAUGCUGAUGAUCUCUACGAUUCGGCUGAUGACGAUAUAGAUGGUCAGUUCCUUCUCGAUUUGUGCUAUUUCCUGGUUUUGAAUGUAUCUGAUUAUAUUCGCAUAAUUAAGUUUGACAGGUAG